AUGCCCAACGAUGAUGACUUACCGAACGGUGGUGUUUCGAAAGGUCAACGGUGGAUACCAACCAGUCUCAUCGAUGGUCACGGAUUAGACGAUGGAUUGGCGAUCGUGCUGCUGAAUAGACCGAUUCUGCUGGAAAAACAUUACUUCACGACACUAUGGAAUGGUGCAAAGGUGCGAGUCGCAGUCGACGGUGGCACGAACCGUUGGGUUGACUUUGUGAAGGGCAACAUUAAUGGUGAACACCUGCUAAAACCUCCUGAUCUCGUGACGGGUGAUUUCGAUUCUUGCAAUCAGGAGGCCAUGCAGUACGUCGAACAGCUAAAGUGUACGAAGGGUUUUUUGUAUCUCACCCAACAGAUUGUCCACACACCCGAUCAAAACGCGACCGAUUUUACCAAAUCACUGAAGGUGCUCAAAACCCACGGUUACGAAAAGGAUAUAACACGCGUACUGGCCCUGUGUGAAUCAUCCGGACGGCUCGAUCAGAUAAUGGCCAACAUCAACACACUCUUCCUGGCGCAAUCCAUCCUACCCGGCGUGGAUGUGUUUCUACGGUCGAGUAAUUCACUGUCCUGGUUGCUACGACCCGGCGAGCACAGCAUCGACAUUCCGCAGCGUCUCGUAAGCGAACGGAUCUGGUGUUCGCUUGUGCCGAUCGGUCAGGGAUGCGUGUGCACGACCGAGGGACUCAAGUGGAAUCUGGACGGCAGUAGGGCACUACAGUUUGGCAGUAUUGUAAGUACCUCUAAUACGUACGCGAUGAACCGGGUACGUAUUGCGACCGAUGGACCGUUGCUAUGGUCGAUGGGAACGACACCGAAGGAUAUGUGA